AUGGAAACAAGCAACGUUCAUAAUGGACCCAUAGGCUCGGGUUUGCUACAGCCCGUCAACAAUGAUGCGGCCCUGCCCGUUCUAACCCCGCGUCCAGCGACCGACAGAUCCCCAGAGCGAUCACGGCAGGAGACCGCUGGUAGCAAACGACGCAAAACGUUCACGGGCUGCUGGACAUGCCGCGAACGUCACGUCAAAUGCGACGAGCAGCGGCCGGCGUGCCUGCGUUGCGUUACUGGCAAGUUUACGUGUCAGGGAUAUGGCACGCGACUGACCUGGCUUUCGCCGACGGAACAAGGAACACCAAGGAGCGGCGGCCGGCGUCGGCCGCGGGCGAAGGCCAGCCUCUCAUCGCAGAAUUUGGCACACUCGCCCGGCCAAUGGACGCCUGAAGCUUUCGAAGUUCCACUGACCGGCUCGUUUCCGGCAUUCCGGUCUUGCGAGCCACGACCUAGGGUUAAAAAUGUCGGGCAAGCUGGCAGAAGCCCUUUGGCGAGGGAGCAGCUGUCUCGAGACGUUCAACUACACGCUCUAGGACCGGAAGUCUUUCAGCAUAGACCUGAUAUUCCGUGGAACUCCUCAUUUAGCGCUUCCAACCAUGGGGGUAUGCCUCCUCUGGGUAGCCCGAUGAGGCCACUGGAAGCACCAUCAUCUCUUGCUCAAGAACGAGAACUCAUCAGCCACUGGGCAACAAAUCUCGCCCACAAACUAGUACCCUUACGCACCCCGGUGAACCCAUUCCUCACCGUCGUAUCGCCCAUGACACUCGAUGGAAGCCGUCUUGCUGGCAAAAAGUCGACCUCCACCGUCGCUCUAUUCCAUGCGGUCUGCGCCAUUUCCGCAGCCCACCAGGCAAACCUCAGGGGUACCCACUCGCACGGCGGCUACACGGAUCUGAUGCUCCGUCACAAACAGCUGAGCUUCCACCACCUCAUGAAAAAUGUGAACCGCCGAGACCACGACGAACGGAUGGCGAGCCUGGCCACCCUCUGCUUGUGGAUUCUCAUCCACUUCGUCACCGGCACCGCGGGCGCCUGGCGCGAGGUCGUCAAGGUGACCCGGGAUCUCCUCGACGACACCGGCAUGAACACUUGGAGGCAGUCAAGCACCGCCAUGUUGACGUAUCAGUCCUUCUCCUCUACAUUUGCCACGAUACACGCCCAGUACCUCGGACGACUAGACUUCCCCGUCCCGAUGGAGACGUAUCUGCCAGAUAUCGAGCUGUCCAAAAGUCAGAUCAUGCCACAGCGAUCACUCGAACUAGUCUCUUCCUUCAAUGCGAAACUCUUGCAGACUCCCAUUCUCGCAGAAGAGUACCUCGACCAGCUCGAAUUCGAAUUCGCCCUCUCUACACCCGAGCCAUCCGUGGAUUACGACACCGGCAACGGGGACUCGGCCAUGGUGCACCACCACCGCUCGUUAUUUUACUACACUUGCCUGCUCUACUUCAAGGGCAACUCCGGGAGACGAGGCCCCGAAGGGGCUGUUCAAGACCUAGUUGCCAGGUGUCUCGACCACAUGGAGCAUCUCGAGUCCCUGCAGAAGAACAGCAGCCCCAAGACGUGGAUCUACGCCGCGGUCUCUUCAGAGGCCGGUACGACAGAGCUGCGAGACAGGGUGAGAUGUUUUUUCUCAAGACGAAAGUCGCUGGGGAUUGCCAGCUGGAAUACGCUGCUCCUCGCGGUCGAAGAGGUCUGGAGACGCCGUGACAUGACAGUCCCCGGGUUUGCACCGGAGCCUUGGACUCGUGUUUUUGCAAGUAUGCCAGAGUUUGACGUAAUAUUGUAUUGA